CACUCUGGCUGUGGCUAUUCUGACCCAAACCCUUACCCCUCUCGCCGUUGCCUCCUCUCUCUCUCUUUCUCUCUGCCCCUCUGUUCUCCCAAGUCGUCCAUUAUUCUGCCUCAUAUUCAGCAAUUCACAGACCCUACAGCUUCUUCUCCUUGGUUCCUCUCAUUCUCGAGGCUACUCUCCUGGUAUCAAUCCGAGCUCCAUUUUUUCCUCUCGUCGCAUUCAAGCUCACUCUUUUUCUUUUUUCGGAUCUUCGUCUCAGAAUUUCAGCAAUCUUGCUCUCAACGACGAUGGCUGACGGAAAGGCCAAUGUUCCCGACGAUCUCUUCUCAAAGACUACCGAUGGACACUUCUCUGUUAAAGAUGAAGCAUUGGAAGGGCAUGGUGAGGAGAAAGGUAUUGUUGGUGUGCUUGAUGAUUUGAAAGAUCAAGUGUCACCUGACAACAGCAUACCCUUAUCUCCACAAUGGCUCUAUUCCAAGCCCAUUGACGCAAGGGUAUCAUCUACCAACACCGUGGUGGGGAAUGCUACUGAUCCCAUACUGAAAGAUAGUUGGCGUUUGGAUGGGUCUCAAGACAAGAAAGAUUGGAGGAGGACUGUCCCAGAUGUUGACAUUAGUCGCCGUUGGCGUGAAGAGGAGAGGGAAACAAGCUUACUUGGGAGAAGAGAUCAGAAAGAAGAUCGUCGCUCAGAAAUUGCCUCAACACCUGAUAAUAGAGGCUUGUCUUCUGACCGUUGGCAUGAUAGCCGUAGUUCUGGCCAUGAGUCUCGUAGAGAGAACAAGUGGUCAUCGAGAUGGGGACCUGAAGAUAAGGAGAAGGAUUCACGGAGUGACAAAAGGAAUGAUGUUGAGAAGGAAGAUGCUUAUGUUGAAAAGCAAUCCUCUGGUGUUACUAACCGGGCAGGUUCUGAACGUGACACUGAAUCUCGUGAUAAAUGGAGACCACGCCAUCGAAUGGAAACUCAAGUGGGUGCCGUGGCCACAUACCGCGCUGCUCCUGGAUUUGGACUUGAAAAAGGACGUGUAGAGGCUUCCAAUGUGCGAUUUGCUCCUGGACGAGGAAGGGCCAAUAUCAAUGCGAACCUACAAAUUGGAAAACCUAUCUUGGGCUCUACUUUUGGGUCUGCACUCAUGGAUAAGAACAUAGUCAUAUUGGGAAAGCCUAGCCUUAACUCAGACUUAUAUUCCUACCCUAGGGGUAAGCUACUAGACAUAUAUCGUAAACAAAAGAUUGAUCUUACUGUUGACAUCAUGCCUGCUGGUGUGGAGCAUAUACCAACAAUAACUCAGCUUGGCUCUGUAGAACCAUUGGCUUUUGUUGCUCCAGCUUCUGAGGAAGAGGCUGUCCUUAGAGAUAUAUGGAGGGGGAAAAUUACUAGCAGUGAAGUCUCAAGCUACUCCUUUAGAGGCAAGGACGGAGGCUCAACUGAUGAUACAUCAGGCAUUGAUGAGAAUGUAAGGGAAGGAAAAAUCACUACCUCAAUUGGCAUGGGAGGAGGGGUUAUAUCAGGAUCUGAUGUCUUGAAUGGUGAUGGUGAUUUUAUGGGUGGACCUUCAAAUGCUGGUGCUUCAUUAAGAAAUAUAGUUGAUGACACUGCGACUUUUAAAGAAGGAAAUCAGAAGCAUAUGCAGACAAUUGAUGUACAUAGGAGAGAUGAGAACUCUGCCAGCAGCACUGGAGAGGCUAGUACCCCUAGUGACAAUGUUUCUAAACCAGGAAUUUGUGAAAGCCAGCAGGAACUGGCUCCAGUCCUUCAGAACCAUGAUUCUCGCUCUCUUUUUGAAUUUUCACGUCUGCAGCGAAUGCCAAGAAUUAAUGAACAAGACACGAUAACUAAUGAGAGGAAACAUUCAUCUGAGAUUGGUACCCCUUUGGAGGAGUUAAGUUUGUGCUAUCUUGAUCCUCAAGGGGUAAUUCAAGGACCCUUUCUUGGGAUUGACAUCAUUUUAUGGUUUGAACAAGGGUUUUUUGGGACAGAUUUACCAGUUCGAUUGUCAAAUGCUCCUGAAGGAUCACCCUUUCAAGAACUUGGUGAUGUUAUGCCUCAUCUUAAACUGAAAUCUGGAUCCAUUUCUGGGGGUAACCUGAUUUCUCAACCCCAACCUUCUGAGACCAGUGGAAGGAACCAAACAGUAAAUGCGCAUUCUCCUGACUAUGAUGUGUCUACCAUAGUAGAUGAUCAAUCUUGGGUUUCAUCUCAAUCUGAUGCUACCUUGAGUGUUGGUAUUCAUUCCCAAAUGCCUAGUCAAAAUUUUCACUCUGAAACCAGGUUCUCAAAUGAUCAGUCCUUCACAAAUUUUAUCAAGCAAGAUGACAACAUCUUAUCCAGAAUGGCCGGAAGCAGCAAUGAUAGCUCUUUGACAAGGCCUGCUGAUGUCCACACUUCACAUACCCAUCCUUCUGGAAAAAUGGUUGCAAGUGAAGUUUCUGGGAGUGAUACACAUAAUGAGGUUGAUAAGCUGCAUCCCUUUGGUCUAUUGAUGUCUGAGCUCAUAGAUGGUUCUUGUUUAAGGCGUGCAAAAUCUUCCAAUGUAUCUUCAAGAUUAGGUGAUGAGGGCCAUCAUGUGGAUCCAUUGCUUGAUAGAGAUGCUAUUUUUGUUGAUCAAGGCUCUCUUGGUGGUGUGGCUAAUCAUCCUUCAUACAGGGACACAUGGUCUGAUGAAUAUGCAGUAAAUAGGCAAUUUAAUCCCAAUGCUCGUAUAGGUUCUCUAGAUGAUCACUACUUGUCCCAUAUGGGACCAAAAUUUAAUAAUUUUGAUAGUGCAGAGCAUCUCAUGUUGCAGAAGCUGCAGAAGGAACGACUUCAACAGCAGAAUAGUCUACCUUCUCAUUUUGCUUCCCAUCAUACUGUGCCGGAUUUAGAGAGAGUUCCAAGCCUUUCACUUUCUCAGAGCAGGAACUCUAAUUUUCAGCAGAUGAUCCAGACUUCAGGAUCAGAUUAUGAACAUCUUAUGGGACUUCAGAUUGAACAGCAACGCCAGCUUGAGCUUCAACAGCAGCAUGAGAUGCACCAACAACAGCUUCUCCAACAAAUGAAAUUACAGCAGCAAUCACAAGCUCAGCAAUUGCUUCUUGAACAAUUUAUGCAUCAGCAGAUACCUGAUCCUAAUUUCAGGCAGCCAAAACUUGAUCUUAUAAGGGAUGAUCUUUUUGAUCAGGUUCAGUUGAGGAGGCAGGUAUUGCAUGACUUGCAGCAGAAUCCUUGUUCCUUGAGGCAUCUUGAUCCAUCAAUGGAGCAGAUUAUCCGAGCAAAUAUUGGUCUCAAUGCUGUCCAAGAAAGGCAAUCUGACCUGUCGGAUCUCUUGUUGCAAGCAAGGCAUGGGAACAUCCUUCCCUCUGAACAGCAACUUCAUUUUCAGCAAGAACAGUUGCAAGCACAACAGCUAUCUAUGGCUCUGAGACAACAGUUAGGAUUGGAGGGGGAACAACAAUUUGGAAGGUCGUGGCCAAUCAAUGACACUGGACAUCUACUAAGAAAUUCUUCAACCCAUCAACUUACUUCCUCAGCAGGCUUUAAUUCCUCUGAUAUUCACAAAACGCAGCAUGGACUCUUGGCACAAGAUGAACAGUUAAACUAUCUGAGCAGGAAUCUUGCUGAGCAGAACCAUAGAGGGUUCUAUGAGCCUAAUUCUUUGAUGUUUGAGAGGUCUCCAAUGGUUUCUGCUGGUGUUCCUGCAAUGAAUUUUGAUGGUGUAAAUGCUUCUGUCCAAGGAAUGGACCUACAAGAACGACCUCGCUAUAUGCAUCCCACUGAUCAAUUUAGUUCUUUAUCCUCUCAACAUCUACAAGCAUCCGAUGAACUCUUUGCUCGUCACCCGGAUGCAUACAAGCAUUCCCUUUCUGGUAACAACAGUCAUCUGGAAAAUAGUUGGACUGACCCACGGCUUCAACUACAACAUCUUGAAGCUGGGAGACACAGAAUAGAGCUAGGGGGUACCAUUUCAUCAGCUGAUCUAAACAUGCCUGCAUCUGCCGGAGCAUGUGAUGAGAGUUCUGCACGAGGUUUAAUGGACCUACUUCAUCAUAAACGGGGUCUUCAAUCCACACAAUCAUCAAAUUUUGAUAAUUGGCAUCCUCUGUCAUCAAGAAGUCAGGACAACUCUUGGCAUGCUCGGGAUUCUGACUCACUAAAUUAUCCUUUUGAGAUUUCACAAGAUCAACAAAUCCAUUUGAAUGAUCCAUUUGAAGAAAGGCCUGGAAGUGCCAAUUCCACAAUCCAAAUACAAGAUCACCUUAUCAUGCAGAUGGCUGAUAAUUUAAGGAACAAUGAAAAAUUGCCUAUUCAGUCUAGAUCUGGAUUGAUAGUGGAAGAGCAGUCAUUCUUAUCUGCUAAUAAAGAUACUUUACAUACCAGUUACAGAAAUCCACUCUUGAUUGGUAAAUCAACUGUGGAAAAAGACUUACUUGAGUUGGAGGCAGAUAAGGGUCAGAGGCAUGAGUUUGUAGGAACAAUGAAAGCAUCGCUUUCAGGUAUCUCAGACUUGUCAGAGCAAUUACAAAGCACCAUGAAUUCCAUGGAAUUGCCAGCUACUGCGCAUAGCAGACAUAGUUCACUAUGCAGCGCAGGCAGCGAUGGGGGCCCAUACAAUCGUGAGAUGGGUUUGAGUAAUUCACGGGUAGACGAGAUUCCUAAUGACAGGGUGUCUCCUUCAACGAAAGUACUUGAUAGUCAUUUCCAAAAGCGCCCUCCUGUAUCUCGUGUUUUAUCUUCCCCAGACGUUCAGUCAGACCAAUCAUCUUUACCUCAUGCUAGUGAUGGGAGAAGAGAGCCUUCUGGAAACUCGUCAAUUAGUACCGUGGUUGAUGCUCAGGCUUCUGGUAGAAAAGAGGUCCUAUUUAGGAGAACUUCCUCUGGUAGCGAUGGUGCAGUCUCAGAGACAUCCUUUAUAGACAUGCUUAAAAGGCCAAUUCUUCAUGAGAUGGACGCAGCCAGUGGAGCUGCCGCAGAAUCGUCUGAUGGUGGAUCACAAGCUGUUCGGAGCGGCAAAAAGAAGGGGAAAAGGGGAAAACAGAUAGAUCCUUCCCUUCUUGGUUUCAAGGUCUCUAGCAACCGGAUCAUGAUGGGUGAGAUUCAACGCCCAGAAGAUUGAUAGUUGCUUGUAGAUUAGCUGUAAAAAAUUUUUUAAAUGCUUUUCUUUUUUCUUUUUUAUAAGCCUCCUUAUAUUUGAUAAAGCGGCGAGGUAAGAUGUACAGUCCGCUAGAGCAUAGCUGUCAUUUUUUUGGGGGCACAUUUGGUUUUUACUAUUACAAAUAGGAUUCGUUAUUGAAAACCCAUUCGGCGUUGACUAGCGUGUUCACUGUACAGUAUUUCAUAAGUGUAUAUACGUGGGGGCAAUGGCCUUUUAUUGUUUUGGGCGCACGAGGCAGGAGCAAUGCUUUGUGUGUCAAGAGAUCAAAGGCAGAUGGCACAGCAUUCUUAUCAGAGAUAGGCAUAUAGAUAGAACUAUUGUCACAGUCAUCCUUUGAUGACUUCUUCUACUGAAAUCUGGUGUCUUUUACUCA